ACUGUAAUCUAUGAGUCUCUUUUGAAGCUUCAUUUUUUGUUGAACUGUGAUUUUGUAAGACUGACUGGAGGGAUUCUGAGUGGAGGAUUGAAGGACUUUGCAGUCAUUCUAAAAUUUAUGGCUAAAUGCUCGAACAGACUAAACUGUUCAGAUGCUUUCGUCAAUGAUCUGGAUAGUUUAAUUUGAUAGUGAUUUGUGAGUUUUUGGAGCUUUGGGGAUCGUUGUAGAGACUUGAAACUUGGGUUUUGAGAUUCUUGUUAUCUGAAGUUGGGAAUGGACCACUUGCUUCUUCCUACUGUUGGACCGCCAAUAAAACGACGAGCGGGUUUAAGAAGGAAACAGGCGGGAAGAGGUUCUUACAGAGGCAGCUAGGCCUAUGUAUUUGAGAAACUUGGGAUUCUGUGUGUUUUUGACCCUGGGAGAGUUCUUGGGGAGUUAGAAAUUUUACUGGUGUGGAGAUGGGUACUCACUUGCGGGAAACUCUCCGAAGCCUCUGUUUAAAGACAGAGUGGAAAUAUGCGGUCUUUUGGAGGCUUAAACAUCGAGAUCGCAAGAUUUUGACUUGGGAGGACGCUUACUGCAAUAACCAUGAAUUACCUAACCAUUCAGAGAAUAUGUGCUAUAUUGAUACCCUUGUGGACUUUCAUCAUGGGGGGUAUCAACAAGACCUGCUGGGAUUGGCACUGGCAAAGAUGACUUAUGCUGUAUAUCCACUUGGUGAAGGGAUUAUUGGCAAAGUGGCAGCUUCUGGAACACAUCAGUGGAAUUUCGCAGACAGGCCUGCAUCUGGUUCCUGGUCAUCAUCUGAAUACUGUGAUGGGUGGCAAGCUCAAUUUUCAGCAGGGAUUAGGACCAUUGCUGUUGUUGCUGUAACUCCUCUUGGAGUUGUACAACUUGGCUCUUUAGACACGGUUUUUGAGGAUUUGAAUUUGGUUACUCGUAUCAAAGAUAUCUUUUGUUCACUACAAAGUUCCUCUAUGAGAGUUCUUCCCAAACCAAUACAAUGUACUAUGAAGACUACCCCAAUUCUGUCAGAAUUACCAACCAAAAGGUCAGAUGAAGAGAUCAUUAAUGAUUGCCUUGGCAUUCUAGAUGAAGUUGUAAUCAGCAUAAAGCCAGACACUGGAUCUAAUUCAUUGCCAUUUUUUGGAAAACUCAAUAACAUCCCUCAUGUUCUUCCUCUCUCUGAUCUCUGUCCAAAAGAGGCUGUUGAAGUGGUUGAUAAACAGGUAGGAAUCGAACCACUCACAUUGUGGGGUGAUGAAAGUGCUCAGUUUAUUCAACAUUGGCGGGGAAUCGUUGAUCUGGAGCAUCAAAAACAUGUGCAGAUGAAACUUCUUAACAACAAAAAGUGUGGGGAGGACACUAAUGGCUGGAAGGAUAUAUGUGUGAGUUCAAGACGCAUUCAUCCACCGGCAUCACACAAUUCCUGCGCUGAGAAUGCAAAAUUAAAUAAUGAUAUGUUGGAGUCUGGAGUACAUAUCCCUUUCCGGCCUGUGGAUUCCCUUGUUUCUAUGGCUUGGGAGGAAGUUAAGAGUGAUAGGAUGAUUUAUCUUCAAAAUGAGGGACUCCAUGCACCUGAAACAUUUGAAAUGCAGCUAGGGGAAAAAAGUUUGGAGCAGAAGUUAAAGUUGCAGACUGAAAUAAAACAUGUGGAUACGAAUACUUUGUUAAGGUUCUCUGCUGGAUGUGAGGUGCAUGAAGCCCUUAAUCCAGCUUAUGUUAUGCAGGAACAGCAUCAUUCGUGGAUUGAGGCUGAGAGGGGAGAAACUGCAGUAUCUAUUGAGCCCCCAGAGGGAAUGGGCAUUAGUCAGUUUAUGUCAGAGUGUGGGUCAGAUAAUCUUCUAGAAGCAGUGGUAGCUAAUGCUUGCGUUGGUUUUAACAGUGUUAAAAGUGAGUCUUCAUUCUGCGAAACAUCGCAGUCAGUUGUGACAACUGAAAAAAGCCCACAGGUGCCCAUACGUGCUAAGCGUACUUGCAUUUCAGCAGGGGGACCGAAUGGUGAGUCCUUUGUUGUAGAGGAUUCAAAUUACCAGUUAACUUCUACUUGUCAUUUAGCAGAAGCACAUAUAAGAUCUCGAAAGGAAUUAUCCUCGAAAACUCUUAGCACAUGUCAUGAGCAGUCAGGCAGGCAGGUGGAACCAGCUAAAGUCAGCAAAAAAAGGGCUAGACCUAGGGACAGACAACUGAUCCAAGAUCGUAUUAAGAAGCUCAGAGGGCUUGUACCUAAUGGGUUGAAGUGCAGUAUCGAUUUGCUGCUGGGGCACACAAUCAAGCACAUUCUUUUUCUACAGAGUGUCACUGAGCAUGCUGAAAAGCUAAGGAAGUGUGCUGAAUCAAAGGUGCAUGAUAAGGGAGUCGAUUUACUAGGAUCUUACAGACAUGAACAUGGAUCAAGCUGGGCUUUGGAGCUGGGAAGCCAGACACUUCGUCCUAUAGUGGUGGAGAACCUCAACAUGAACGGGCAGAUGCUUGUGGAGAUGUUGUGCGAGGAGUGCAGCCUUUUUUUUGAUAUAGGAGAGGUCCUCAUAGGUCUGGGUCUAACAAUCUUAAGAGGUGCAACUGAAAUUCGUGGUAAAAAGACGUGGGCAUGCUUUGUCGUUGAGGGUGAGAAAGGCUUUCAUAGGAUGGAUAUCUUGUGGUCGCUUAUGCUGUUGUUGCAACCCAAGACUAUAAUCUAAUGGCAACUGCCAUUGUCAAUGCCGGAAUGAUGAUCUAGAGGUUUUGCAUGGAAUUUCCAAUAGUCAGCCUCAGAGCGUCAUGGUUGGUGUUUCAGAAUCAUGCACCUAUCUCUUGCUGUGCCAUCCAGUACCCUGCUCUCCCCCCCCGUUCCCCCCCCCCCCCAAAAAAGGAGAAAAUAUGUAUGCAUACGUAGUCUCUUGUCCCAUGCAAAUGUGAAAAUGGGUACUUAUUCUACUCUGCUUGAUGGAUGUCUCCUGCUUGCAAAUAUGGAACUAAAAUCUGUCUUAAGAUCUUCAUAUUUCAGAUAUUGACAUAAAUGUUAAGCAUACUUUGAUUUCUUCAUCAA